AUGGAUCCUGAAGAAGUUGUGAAACUUUGCUGGAAAAAACAAUUGUUCGAGGAAGGAUUAUUCUACGAGGGCAGUGAAGAACUCGAGUUCGAUGUGUUGAAGAAGCUCGAAAAGCGGAAAGCCGAGGAGCUCGGUUUUACCCUCUCAUCAAUAGAAAAACUCGGCCUUUUGUCCAAGGCCGAGGAGCUCGGCCUCUUGAGCCUGCUCAAGAAUUCUGUCGGAUUCUCUCCCUCAGCCUUGGCCUCGAUGGCUCUGUCGGUUCUGGUGGCGGCUGUGGCUGUGGUCGUGUUAGUUCCCGACGACUCGGUGGUGCUUGUGGCGGCUCAGGCAGUGGUUGCCGGAUCUCGGGCUGUUUGUUUGUGGGGUCCAUCAUGCUCGAUGGGCUACAAAUCUGUCAAGAACCAGUUUCUUGAGCAAGAAACUUGUUUCUUAUUUCUUGAGCUCUGA